AUGGACUGUGCUGUACAAGGGGCAGUCCAGCAUAAGCAGACAGAAGCCAGCGGCCUGAAGAAGCCACUGCUUCUAGCACAGUCCUUCUCCCUGGCUCUGCCGGCAAUGUGCAGCCGAGAGGCCCGCCCGAGGGACGGGGCAUUGUGGCUGCCACGGGCUCUGCUGCUUGUCUGUGUCCCAGGCUCUUUGUCUCUGCGCGGCCCCAAUAAUGUGACGGGCACCGUGGGUGGCUCCCUGAGCGUGCAGUGUUGGUACCAGAAGGAAUAUGAGGCGUUUAACAAAUACUGGUGCAGACAGCCGUGCUUGCCACUUUUCUCUGAGACUGUGGAGACCAGCGCCUCCUGGAGAGAGGUGAGGAGAGGCCGAGUGUCCGUCCUGGACCAUCCUGGAAACCUCACCUUCACAGUGACCUUGACGAACCUCACUGCAAACGAUGCAGGAAAAUACAGGUGUGGGAUUUCCACGCUACUGAUGGAAGAGGGGCUUCCUGGCUUCUUGCCUGAACCCUUUUUCCAGGUUCAAGUGUUUGUUUCCCCAGCCUCCAGCAGCAGGAGCUCUGCAAGGACGCCUGGACCUCCCAGCCGAGACCCAGGGUCCCAGCUCAGCAGUGUCCACUUCCUGCUCCUCAUAUUCCUGAAGGUGCCCCUGCUCCUGAGCAUGCUCAGUGCUGUCCUCUGGGUGAACAGGCCUCAGCGGGCAGCUUGUGAGGAAACACAGUUUGGCUAAGACAACCUGCCACCGUCCCCGCCCACCCAUGUCCUGUCCAGAGACACAGCCACUCGGGCUACAGAAGACAGAACCUCCACCCUGAACCUUACAUCCCUUUUCAACUUAUCACCAGAGACUUAAAAAAACAUUUUAAUGACUAUAUCACCCACACUAACGUGUGUAUAUAUAUGAACAGUUGAAGGACUACAAAUAAACAUCUGUGUACCCGCCAUUCAGCCUAAGAAAUCAAACAUCAUGGAGACAGUUAAAGCCCCCACCUACUUCUCCCUGACUUCAUGCCCCCCACUUCUCCUGUUGCCAGAGUCAACCACUCUCUCCAUUAGUUUGUGCCAAUCAUUUCUAUUACCCAACCUCACAGUUAAGAAGGAACAGCACGCUUGUGGCAGUUCUUAAAGCCAAGAACUGAUGGCGCCAGAGGCAAUCUGCAGAGCUUCUAUGGACCUCUUCAUGGACUCAGAAAUAAUUCUCCAGCAGGAUUGCUUCUCAGUUGCUGGGUCCCUCCCGGCUGAUCCCCAAAUCCAGACCCAUUGUAUCCUGCUGGCCUUUCCCCAGGCUGGGUCCACUCCCCACCCCAUCCUGCUCAUCAGCCUGGGCUAUGUGAGUAGGGACCCCCUUGUCACCAUGGGGGCCAACCAGAUAUGGACUCAGGCAUUCAGGAGGCCAGGGCUCAAGGUACAACCAGGGGUCUGGAGCCCAGUGGGCAGCUCAGACUAGAGUAGACUGAACCUAGAGGUGGGGAUGGAACCAGGAGCAAGAGAUGAAGUCGCACCUGAUUCCUGUCCAAGGCUUCAGAUUUCUUGAGAAGCAACACCACGUGGAUCUGCUGAUUUCUCACUCCCUGGGAGAGGCAGAGAGACCAGGGCCUCAGUGAACAUGUUCAGCGAGCUUGGAACUUCAGGUGGUGACAGCUGGCACCACUUUCUAUUCCCCAGGAACAAGGGAACUUGUGUCUAAGGGACUAACUAUGACCGGUGCCAGGAUGCGUCUAAGGAAGGGCAGCUGUGGGGAUGAGAAACCAGGAGACAGAGGUGCAGGGGCGAAGAGAGAUGGGUGGGAAGUGGGGAGGGGUGGCGGGGUCCAUCUUGCAGUGUCCUGGGAGAGUCUACAGUUUGGCCCUGGCCUGGCAUCCCAUGAACAGCCUCAAACUUAGUCUUUAACAUGAUCUCUACAUUGAAUUAUCUACACCACCACAGGCUGUGUUGGUAGACGUGUUUAUGCUAUGUAUUUAUACAUGUGUUUUAUUCCUAUGAAACCACCGGAAAGUUAACAUUUUAAUGCCAUAGUCAUCUUCUCAU